CCAACCCAGCCGCCCCCUGCCAGAGCUGCAGCCCGGAGCCCAGAGCAGAGCCAUGCAAGCCAACGCGACCAGUGUCCGGGUCCUCAUUAAGGGAGGCAAGGUGGUGAACGAUGACUGCACCCAGGAAGCCGACGUGUACAUCGAGAACGGCAUCAUCCAGCAGGUGGGACGGGAGCUGAUGAUACCCGGAGGGGCAAAAGUCAUCGAUGCCACCGGAAAACUGGUCAUCCCUGGAGGCAUUGACACCAGCACCCACUUUCAUCAGACCUUCAUGAAUGCCACCUGCAUGGAUGACUUCUACAACGGCACCAAGGCUGCGCUGAUGGGAGGGACCACAAUGGUGAUUGGAAACGUCCUUCCGGACAAAGACAUGUCGCUGCUGGACGCCUAUGAGAAGUGCAGGAGCCUGGCCGAUCCCAAAGUCUGCUGCGACUACGCCCUCCACAUGGGCGUCACCUGGUGGGGAUCUAAGGUCAGGGCUGAGAUGGAGACCUUAGUCCGGGAGAAGGGGGUGAACUCCUUCCAGAUGUUCAUGACCUACAAGGACCUGUACAUGCUGAGGGACAGCGAGCUCUACCAGGUCUUCCGACACUGCAAGGAUCUGGGCGUGGUCACCCGAGUCCACGCUGAGAACGGAGACCUGGUGGCCGAGGGUGCCAAGGAGACCUUAGAGCUUGGAAUCACCGGCCCUGAAGGGAUUGAGAUCAGUCGGCCCGAGGAGCUGGAAGCGGAAGCCGUGCACCGAGCCAUAACCAUCGCCAACCGGACCUUUUGCCCUGUGUACUUGGUGAACGUGUCCAGUAUGUCUGCAGGAGAUGUCAUUGCUUCUGCCAAAAUGCAAGGAAAACCAGUUUAUGCAGAAACCACCACAGCCCACGCUACCCUCAACGGCCUUCACUACUACCACCAGGAAUGGUCACAUGCUGCCGCAUACGUUACUGUCCCGCCACUUCGUCUAGACGCUAACACCCCCAAUUACAUCAUGAGUCUCCUGGCCAAUGACACCCUGAAUGUGGUGGCCUCAGACCACAGGACGUUCACCACCAAACAGAAGGCGAUGGGCAAAGACGACUUCACCAAAAUUCCUCACGGGGUCGGAGGCGUGCAGGACCGCAUGAGCGUCAUCUGGGAGAGAGGAGUGGUUGGCGGUAAAAUUGAUGAGAACCGUUUUGUGGCGGUGACCAGCUCCAACGCAGCCAAGAUCCACAACAUGUACCCACGCAAAGGACGCAUUAUCCCCGGAGCUGAUGCGGAUGUGGUGGUCUGGGACCCCGAAGCCACCAGGACCAUCUCAGCCAGCACCCAGAUCCAGGCCGGGGAUGUCAACCUGUACGAGAACAUGCGAUGCCACGGCGUGCCCCUGGUCACCAUCAGCCGCGGCCGUGUGGUCUACGAGAAUGGGGUCUUCAUGUGUGCCGAGGGCUCCGGAUCCUUCUUCCCUAUGAGGACCUAUCCAGACUACUUAUACAAGAAGAUGAUACAGAAGGAAAAGUUGAGCCUAAAAUAUGUAGACCGUACCCCCUACCAGGGAGACGUGGCGGUCAUAAUGAACGCUGGAAAAAAAGAGACUGGAAGUCCGAUGGCAGAUACUCCAACCCGGCCAACGACUCGUCACGGAGGCAUGCGGGAUCUGCAUGAGUCCGGCUUCAGCCUAUCUGGUGCCCAGAUUGACGACCAUAUCCCAAAGCGCGCCUCUGCUAGAAUCCUCGCCCCUCCUGGAGGAAGAUCCAGCGGGAUCUGGUAAACGGCAGAGAGUAGCGCCCACUCCUGCGGAAGAUCAGCCCUUCUGCCCCUUGUCAGUCACACCCAUCACGUAAAAACUCACCUGUAAUUUGUCGAGAGAGGGGAUCAACUGUGACUCGCCCACCAACGACACCAGACUGCGGUGUCUACAGCUGGGAGAAUGUUACCGCCUGCUCCUCACAUGUAUCUCCGGCCCGGGUCACCUGCCGCCAACGUCUUAACCCUUUAUUUAACGUAGUGAUAACUGAUGGUCUGUGCUCUGUGUGUAUGGGAACGUCCUGUGAGUGUGUGGAUGGAUGGAGCGGUGGCCUUUGUCUCACCGGUUAUUGCUUGUCUUCACACAGGAGGCAUCAUAAUCCUCCCAGUCCACAUUCCUUAUACCAGUAUAUAAUCCUUCUUCAUGCUUUCCACUAAAGGGGUCAUAAAAAAAUACUAACUCUUCGUAUAUGCAUGGGAAAAAUUCUCAGCCAUGUGCAGAAUUGACCAGUACUAUUACAAUGUAUCUUCUCUGUAGCAGACUGUGAAUAAAGCAGCUCUCUCUCUCUCUCUCUGAGCAAGAAGUCUCAGCAUGGUCUCAAGCAACAUUCAGAACCUCCCUCAUCUUCAUUAAACAAGCUUUUGGAACAGAUUUGAUUAGAAAGAAAGUUGUAGUUUGGGUUGGCGGGGACUUCAGCCAUCUGAAGAAGGGUUUACUUAGUCUUUGCGGAGUACUGACUGCCCAGCUGCAUCCUAAUACAAAAUAUUAUUGGGUCAACCCUUUAAAUAAGUUACGGUUUGUAAUCUAUGGUCGCCCAAUGUGGUUCUGUCCUAUGGACUGUUAGAUGACUAUGAGCAUUUCCAAAAAUUGCAGAUGGAGGUUUAAGGAGUGGGUAAUAACCCCUACUAGGACCAUUUCAGGCCCAAUUAUCUAAAAUUACAAAAUCUUUCAUCCCUGCUUCUGUGACAAGGAUGCUUUUGGCCUCCCUCAGCCAGGUAGGUGUCCAUACCAGUGGGGGAACCCUACUCAUGUUUUAUCACUCACCUGUCAGUAAUAAAGGGCUCCGUCAUAAACUCAGCAAUAACCACCUCCCAACUAUUUUCACCGUAGUGAAGUCUCAUAAACCCGCAGGUCCCAUUUUGGUGCCUCAGGGGUUAAUCGUGUAUGCAUGACCCAUGGUCACCUAUGUCCACACUUCGGAGAGCCGCUCUGGCUUUAGGCACAUGCAGCUUUCUUCUACAGCAGCUGUGGUGACGCCUCCAGCCUUCCACGUUGGGGGUUGUACCGUAGUUGUAUGACCAUCAUGAGGGGUCCCACAUUUAUGGUCCAUCAUUGUAACACAUGAUGACAUUACAAUACACGUCUUCUCUUGGGUCGUUUCCAGUUCUCGAUGGACGACAGAUUCAACUUUCCGAAUGUUUUGUUCUCACAACAUUUCAGGCAACAUCCUGAUGCUUCCUUUGGUCUGUCACUUAGCGUCUACCUGGCUCUGGAUUGGGGUGUAAAAAGAGGGAAGGAUUCUCUACGAAUCGAGGUUGGAUAGAGGAAGGAUUCGGGGUGAUUGCAUUGACAUUACUGCCCACCGACUUGCUUCAUCCUAUGAUGUCACUUCCAGGAACAGUGACUUCUAGGGCUCUAGGCCUCAUGUUAUUGAUAAAGCAUAUAGGGGCAGGAUUGCCAUAUGCAUGCACGUCUAGUAUUGCGUAUGUAGAGUAAGGAUUCUCGGAAGUGGAGCAUGCUGGGAUUGAUAACUGCAGGGGGUUUGAGGUAUUUUCUAAGAAUUUAGUGUAAUUUCACUAGAGAGGAGAAACUGUAGAGCUAGAUCAACGCUAGGAAGGAUUCUUUACAAAAAAAAUAUCUAGAGCAGUGACGCAUGUUAUGUAGCGGGAUCGGUAUAGCAGAGCACACGUGGCGGCGGUACGAGUCCUGCUGGGUCGGCCGGCUUUGCUGUUGCAUUGUAUUUACCGCUGUGAACUUUCACUGUGAUAACUCUGCUGUGACUUGCCCCGGACUUUAGUGCGUGCGUGUGUGUGCGUUGGAGCUGUGCUGUUUUGUAUGUAGUUCUGGAUCUUUUAUUCGGUACAGUUUAUUUAUGUCGUGAUAUCGGAGGGGCACAGACCACUCACGCUUCUUCUGGAUCCGCAGCCUCCUCCUAUCCACAUUCACACUUCUCCCUGCCAAUGUUAUGGUGCUAAAAAAACUAAAAGGUUGCACUAAUUUCACUUCACAGCCCCUCCCCCACCCGUUGCAUCCAUCCUUCGCCAGUUCGUGAGCCGCAGUGCCAUUGCGUUAAUGUGCCGCCCCGAGGCUUGCA